CAGCACAAUGACCACCAACCCACCAACCAACCAAACCUCCACCGCGCCACGUCUUGCUUGCACACCGGGCGACGUCACAUCAAUUUUCUCUGAGCUUUCCAGGCGCAACGUUUUGUUCUUCCUCAUUUACUACCGACCACCAGUCAUUAUUCAUUUCACAACAACAAAAGAGAGAGAGAAACAUGACGCAACUCACCCCCGAAGAAGAAGCCGCCUCGGCGCGCGCAGCCCACCAGGCGGCGCUGAGGAAGGCGAAGCGCGAGGCGAAGAUCAGGGCGGGGGCCGAGUCGAGGUUGAAUAAGAUUACCGGUUUGGGGGGUGGUGUGCAGAGGGUGGACCCUCCGAGCACAACCGCACCUCCCUCCACCAUCAGUGAUGCCACUACUACAUCCGCCAUCCCUGCUGCCGCUUCUGUUACUGCCUCCGUCCACGAUGCCGACCCAGAAGAAGUCGACAUCUCCACCUCGGAACACUUCUAUCGACCGGCGAGUACGAACCGUAUCCCCCCCGUUGAGUCGGACAUCGACGAGCAGGCGCUAAGGCAGAUGAUGCUUGGACUUGACGGACCGGGCGUCACACCACCCCCCAUGGGAAUGGGGAUGGGAGGGGGGAAGAAAAUGGAGGAGGACCCGAUGAUGGCGAUGAUGAUGCAGAUGCUUGGAGGCGGUGGCGCUGCCCCCGGUGGUGGUGGCGCUCCUCCGCAAAACCCGUUGGCUGGUCUUGCUGGCAUGGGCGGUGGGUUUCCUGGUAUGCCUGGUAUGGAACAGCCACCCCAGCAACAACAGCCGCCCUCAAAAAUCCCAGGUCUCUUCAAAAUCUUGCAUACGCUUAUCGCCCUUUCGCUGGGGCUGUACCUGCUGCUCAGCACACCCUUCACUGGCUCAAAGCUCGACCGUGACAAGUCGGUCUUGGCGGAUUCAGGCGCGGCAGUGUUCCAGUCAGAAGCGGAGAGCCAGGCCAAGAGGAACUUUGCCUGGGGGUUUGCCACUGCGGAGAUUUUGCUGUUUACGACGAGGUUUAUUUUGGAGAGUCAGGCUGGGAUUAGGGGGGGGCAGAGCUCUGGGAUCUUGGGCGGGUUGAUGAAUUUCCUGCCGCCGCCGUGGAAGGGACGGGUCGAGAUGGGGGUUAGGUAUGCCAAGGUUGUGGGUAGGGUGAGGGGGGACGUGCUUUUGGUUGUUUUUGUUUUGGGGGUGGGGAGUUGGUUGAGGGGUUAG